UAAAAAUAGGCAACAUCUUCAAUUUUUACUCAUUACUGUCAAAUAUUAGAGAAAACUCCUUUAAAUAUUCAUUAAUUUAUAUUCAUUAUCCUUUUUUUCUAAAUGCCUAAUUAUUAUAAUAGGCUUUUUUCAAAUAUUUCUCAUACUACUAACCAAUGUUGUAUACAUUAGAGAGAAAGAAAACUACUUAUAACUAAUACAAAUUAUUAGUUGCUGUGGUUACUACAGAACAUUAAAUAGAUCAGUUAGUUUUAGAUAUUGCUAUUUAUUUAGUCAGAGUUUUAAAAAAAUAUAAAGGAACAGACGACAAACCUUUAGAAAACAGUAAUUCAAUCAAGGAAAUAAAUCUAGAGGAAUGAAAAUUUAUUUCACUUUAUUAAUAGUUUUAUAUCUGUCUGUAUUAUCUACUGGACAUAUGGAUGAUGAUAUUUAUCAGUCAGAACAUGGGCUCUAUCAUACAUAUCCUUACAUGUCAGAUGAUCAUAUGAUAGAUUUUCUGGAUAGUAAAGCGAAACAUUCUGCGCUUGAAACUAAACAAAGAUGGUAUCCAAAUAAUCUAGAAAAUUUAGAUAAGAACAAGGUGUUUUAUGUCCAUCGUAGACGAUUCACCCGUCCAUAUGGUCGAUAAGUACAAACAGAAAUGAAGAAUAAAUGAAAAUCAGAUCAAAAAUUGUUAUUUAGUUCUUUUUUUAUGAAAAAUGAAAUAUGUUAGUGGAUUUUCUUCGUAAAUUCAGUUGAAGAUGCUGUGUAUUUAUUAUAAUGAAAUAAAAUGUUGAUUCAUUCAAGAUUUGCAUUUUGGAAAAAUAUAAACUUUUACUAGUUAUUCAUAAAUAACAAUAUAUAAUAUUCAUAAAUAAUGCUUACUUACGCCUGUUACCCCUC